UAAUCCCCAACCCCCUCGGCCCACGUAAACCCCUAAACCCCAGAAGCUUCUCCUUCCCCGAAACCCUAGUCCGCCAUGGCCCUCGCGCUGCGUCUUCGGCGAGCCCUCGCCGCCGCCGCCUCCACCUCCUCCCCCCUAUUUCGCGCUUCCACCUCCGCCUCCAUCUCCCGGACCCUCCCCCUCGCACCCUUCGUCCUGCUGCCGCUCCCGCGGCUGCCGUGGCUGGUCCCCGCCGCCGCCGCGGGGUUCCGAUCGACGGCGGCGUCGGCGGCGCGGGGAGGGGACUAUGGGGGCGGGGCGGAUGACAUGAAGAUCUCCCCCGACGAGAUCCUCUUCGAGGGGUGCGACUACAAUCACUGGCUCAUCACCAUGGAGUUCCCGGACCCCAAGCCGUCCCGCGAGGAGAUGAUCGAGACCUACCUCCAGACCCUCGCCAAGGUCGUCGGAAGUUAUGAGGAGGCUAAGAGGAGGAUGUAUGCUUUCAGCACAACAACUUAUAUCGGUUUUCAGGCUGUAAUGACUGAGGAAAUGUCAGAAAAAUUCCGUGAGUUGCCUGGAGUUGUUUUCAUUUUGCCUGAUUCAUAUCUAUAUCCAGAGACAAAGGAGUAUGGAGGAGACAAAUAUGACAAUGGUGUCAUCACUCCAAGACCACCACCUGUUCAUUAUAGCAAACCAUCAAGGACUGACAGGAACCGUAACUACCGAGGAAACUACCAGAGCGGCGAAAACUACCAGAAUGGUCCUCCACAGCAAGGAAGUUACCAGAAUAGUCCGCCACAGCAAGGAAACUUUCAAAUGUACCGCUCGCAGCAAGAUGGAAGAACUUAUGCCCCACAGCAGAGUUAUCCACAGGCUGGACAAGAUGCUAGAGGUUAUGGGAGGAAUGAUUAUGCAGACCGUUCAGGUUACAAUGGACCACCUGGUGGAUUCCAAGGUCAAGCACCUCAGCACCAAGGGCAUGUAAAUCCAGCUGGUCAAGGUCAAGGUUACAACAACCCACAAGGCCGCAGGAACUUCUCACAAGGGCAGAGAGGAGAUUUCAGGCCUGGUGGCCCUUCAGCACCUGGUGUGAAUCCUAGUUAUGGUGGAACUUACGGCCAACCAUCGACGCCUGGAAGUUAUGGGCAAUUGCCUCCAUCAACGUAUCCUGGCGGUAACCAGGGCGUUCCUGGUGUGAAUCCUAGUUUUGGUGGAGACAACAGACAGGGAGCAGGACCUGCAUAUGGUGGAGAUAAAUGGCAAGGGGGUUCUGGUCAGUAUCCUAGCCCAGGUGAAGGACAAGGAAACUGGCAGGGUAGUCAGUAAAAGCUCAGACAAGCAUGAGACUUGAGAUAUAGAAAUCCCCACCUGUAAAAUAAACGACUGCGGUGCAUUACCUUCUCUUUUUGGUUGCAUUCAAAUCUAGACUUAUGGGCAUGCUUUAUUACCAAUGUUAUGGAUGCAAACUUAAAUUUCCUUUGUUGAGCCAUAUGUUGACAUUUUUAAGUGUCGCGAAAUGUGAAACAUUCUUGUCUGUUUAUCUUA